CCUGAGAUAAACUUGUGUAAUAUUCCCCAGGGUGUAAGUGCUGUUUCCUAACUUCAGUUCCUCUGCUCCUCAGAGACAUGAUUGAAGCAGAGAGGUUCAUCCUCAUUGGCUGCCUGCUGCAAGGUGCCCUGGGGAGAAAGUUUGAAGUCUGGAUGCCUCAGAGUAUAGAAGCUCUAAGCGGAUCCUGUGUGCUGAUUCCCUGCAGAUUUGAUAUAGACUAUAAAUAUGACAAUGACCUGACAGCUAAGGCUAUAGGUUUCUGGAGAAAAAGAUUACCCUAUGGAAAAAUUGUUUUUAAUUCCAGCAGACCUGACAAAAAAAUUAAAGGAACAUUAAUUGGAAAACUGGAGGAGAAGAACUGCACCACAAUCCUGAAUCGCUUCCUUUUGUCUCACACUGAUACUUAUUUCUUCAGAUUGGAAUCCCAGACUCCUCUCAUGUAUGUUUUUCCUACAGGUGUCAAAAUUAACGUACAAGACUCUCCACCCAAACCCAAGAUAACCCCAGAGAGGGUGGAGGUGAUGGAGGGGACCUCUGUGAGUUUGAGCUGCUUCUGCUGUAGCCCCCUGUCCCAAACUCCCCCCAAAUCUGACAUGGACCCCCAGGCUGAGUGACAGUAUGGAUCACCUGCAAGAGAAUGAGGAUCGAACCAAAUCGGUGUCUUCUGUUCUGACCUUCACUGCUUCCC